AUGUCUUCUGAUCCCACAGCCAAUAUCCUCACCAUAUUGGUAGCACAAGAGAUAAACGAUGCUCUUCGAAAUAGCCCCGUUGAUAGCCAUGACUUCGUACUUGGGGUAUCCGCCUUCUUGGUGCAAGUGAAUCUACGCAUAAAAGCAUACAAAAAUCUCUUCGGGCUUCCGGUAAUAAAUACAACAGAAGAGAUGGACGAACCUCUCCUCAAAAAAAUUGUUCAAGAAAGCGAUCUUGGCAGCUUUAUUUCGUUUGGGAACGAGACAAUGACUGUUGAGGUUGUGCCACACAAGUUUCAAUCGCUUAUAACCGGUGUUUUAGUUGACUCUUCUAUUCGUUACACCAAAGUUUUGGUAAGACAAGUGGAAGGUCUCUCUCAGAAAUAUCAUGAUCUAAUGCUGGGAACAGUGCCAGCAGUAGAAAGCAUAAAAGAAGGUGAAGAUGACGUGAUGUUCGAUGCCCAUUCCAACACAGAAGAUGCUAAGGAACAGGUGCAAGUAGCAACGUCUGAUGUUAGUGAAACAAUGCAAAAGCUGUUUGAAGAGCCGGAUCUCUUGAAAACCCCGAGUAUUGUUGAUGUUGACGAUGCCAGUGAAGUACCUGGUGCAGCUAUUUUGAAAAACGAAUCAGAAUUUGAGAGUUCAAAAAGCCUACCUGAAGUGCAAGUGCCAGAAGUUCAAGAGUCAGCCUCACAAGUGCAGACUGAGGCUACUGAGGCUCGUAAAACUGUUGAAACUGAUGGAUCAACUACAGAGAAGUCUGAAGAAGGUGAAAAGCCCGAAGAGGUGAAAGAAAAGAUAGAGUUCGCCGAAAAUACCACCCCAGAAAGAACUGAUGUUGAAAAGAAAGAGGAAAUCCCUGCAGUAAUAAAUUCCAAAGCAGCUCUGAGUGACAAAGAACAACGUGCUACCCCAGAAGGUGAAGAGAAUGCUACUCAUAAUGUAAUCGAACAAGAGCUUUCCCGAAAGAGAUCGCGUUCACCCCUGGUUCUUGCCCAUAAACAUAAGAGAUUUCAAAAUAUCGCUAUCAAUUUAGUCAAGAGCAUUGAAGAACAUCGGUUCUCUUCGCCAUUUUUAACGCCAGUGGCGGCCGAUGAUUAUAAUGAUGUUGUUUAUGAACCAAAAGACUUGAAAAGUAUUCUUCGUGCAGUGAAACAGAAAGAGGAGCCUGCACCAUAUGGCACAGUAAAAGAAUUGGAAAGAGAAAUCAUUUUGAUGUUUGCUAAUUGUGUCAUGUACAAUAAGUCGUCAACGCCUCUAGUGAAAAUGGCUGCUGAGAUGAAAAACGAAGUACGUAAUACCUUCAAGAUGUUCGAGGAAGCUGAGUCCGAGAUAUCUUGA